AGAAUUGAAUUUUUUUUUUUUUUGUUCUUUCUACCAAUUAAAUCAGACUAUGGAUGAUGUGCAGGAAAGCGAUGCAAAGUGGGCAAGUCAAGAGGCUAAAAAACUGAGACAUUAUUUUUGAGUGGUUUUGUUAAAGUUAGAAUCCACGUUGGCUUAAUUUAAAAACUGAUCAAAGCAUGCAGGCUUUUAUUCUACGCCUUGCGGGGAGGAAGAUGAACCCUCUUGUUUUGUCUCAUAAUUACACUUCGCCUUUAUUCUUUUUCUUUUUCUUUCUUUUUAAUUCCAGGUCUGAUGUGUUUCUCUCAAGGACACCCUUCCGUUACGCCUUUUCAAAGCCUGCAGUGGUAGUGUUGGGUUUUUUCAUUCUCUUUUUCUUGAAACUUUCCCCUUUUUUUUUUUUCCUGAACUUUCGACCUUUUUAGGUCCUUCCACGUUUUCUUAGCUGUUACUAAUUCUACGCGUUUUUAAAGGGCAAAACCAUAAGUUAAGCCCCUGAACUAACCCCAAAAUUGCUAUUAAGCCCCUAUACUUUAAUUGAUGCAGUUAAACCCUUGAACUCUGGGAUCAAAGCAAUUAAGCCCUUCUUCUUACGCCAUUACGCCCCUAAGACUUUAAUUUUUAAAAUAAAUUGCUUAAGAAGAAGGGCUUAAUUGCUUUGAUCCCAGAGUUUAAGGGCUUAAUUGCAUCAAUUAAAGUCUAGGGGCUUAAUAGCGAUUCUGGGGUUAGUUCAGGGGCUUAACUUAUGGUUUUGCCUUUUUAAAGGGUGUAGGUAAGGUUCCUUUAUUUCCAAUACGCGUUUUCCCUCCCCCAUUGGUUACGCGUUUUCUUCUUUUUUGACCAUUAAGUGAUGAAGUCUCUGGCUUCUUGGCUGCCAAUGUUGACAAAAGACUCGUACUGGCUUCACGUGAAGCUGCCGGGAAACGGCCCUACUUACUGCUUCUUUGGCUACUUGGCCGCUAAUGUUGACAAAAGACUCGUACUAGCGUCACAUGAUGUAAUUAUUUGGUUACAACUCAAAAAUUUAUAGAUUUGUAAGAGAUUUGUUUUUUAUUUUAUUAAUUAAAUUUUAAUUUUGUA